AUUUACUUUAAACACCCAUUAUUGAUAAUGUUAAUUUCACACGUCAGUAACCUUGUUCUAUAUAUAAAGACGUGCCAUUUCAUCAUUCAAUUCAGAUCUGCUGAACAAUAGCGAAGCAUUGCAAUACAGAUAACAGAAAAAAUUAUGAAAUUGAUAGUUGGUGUUGUUUUACUAUUCGUGGUUACACAUGGUGUAUUAACCGAUCAGCAAGUAGAGUUUAUUAAAGAUGAACAGACACUGAAGAAAAGUAACUUGGUUGCGGUUUUGCCAAAAUUAGGAAAACAAUUUUAUAUUUUUUUUCAAAUAAAACUGAACAGUUUUUCACAUGGUUAUAGAAGUGUCAUUCAUUUGACUCUUGGAGAGGAUAAUGUAAAAUACGGUGAUCGAAUUCCUGGCGUUUGGAUUUAUGAACAAAAGUUGCACGUAGCAUUUGCAAUAAGUGGUAAUAAAAAUGAGUAUUUUUUUUCCAAGCCACUUCCAUUGAACGAGUGGAUAUCUGUUGCUAUAUCUCAACAUACUCAUCCAUUUGACCCUACUUUUGAAGUAUUUAUUAAUGAAGAUUCAGUAUAUCAAACAAAAAACUUAAACCAAAAAGAAUUUACAAACAUCAACGUAUAUGCUGGAGAUCCAUGGUAUGAAGUCCAGGAUGGCUCGAUCAAACACUUCUUAAUCUUUGACUUCCCUGUUGUAACGAAAAAGAGUUUGAAAAAGGAUGCCAUACAAAAAAAGAUGUUUGGGCUCAAAUCUUAAAGUUGAAAAACGACAUUUUUUUGCUUUGAAUUCGUACUUAUUUCAAAUAUCUUAAAUAUAUCAUUUUGUAUUCUAUUUAUUAUUUUGUAAAAAUAACAUUUUUUCUUUUUAUUUCGAUGGUGUUGGUCUUGAAAAAAAAAUUAAAAAGUAUUAAUAUUAAAUACAAAAGAAAAUUGUAGUUAAUAUGGUUUGUUAACUUAGUUAUUAAUGUUAAAUACAAAAGAAAAUUGUAA